CCCUCGGGGAGGGCGGCGAGGCCUGUGGGUGCCCCAGGGCUGGCGCCGGACUGUUGCGGCCUUCGCUCCAUCCCCUGUGCAGCCGAGGCCGGUCCCCUCGGGGCUGCUGGCGCCUCAGCCCCGCGCAGGGCAGCCCGCGGUGUUCCCCACGGGGAAAGGCCAGGCCGCCGGGCUGCGCUGAGGGAGCGGGGCCGGGCAGCGCUGCCCGGCCGCGGCCGUGACCCGCCACGGCCGCCUGAGGGGACGGAGCGGCGCCGCCGCCCACCGCCAGGGGGCGCCGCCGCCCGCCCCUCGGCGGACCACACGUCCCAGCGGGCAGCGCGGCAGCCGCGUGACGGGCGGAGGCGGGGCGCUAGCGGAAGCCAGCGGAGCCGCAGGUCGGGGGUACCGGAGCCCGAGGGCGCAGGCGCAGCCAUGGUGUCCGGCAAGCAGCUGGCCGACUUCGGGUACAAGGCCUUCUCCGGCUCCAUGGCGCUGCUGACGGUGUACGGCGGGUACCUGUGCGGGACCCGGGCCUACCGCCUCCUCCAGCGCCGCCGGGAGCGGCAGGCCGCCGCCGGCCCCGAGAGCUGAGGGCGGCCCGGGGCCCGGCCCCACCUUUCCCGGCUGGAGCGGGGGCGGGAAGCGGCCCCACGGGGGGUCCCCGGGCGGGGGGCGGAGACGGAGCUCAAUAAAAACGUGUGAAAACGGUCAA